AUGUCUACGGACGGGAAAGUGAAAAUUGAAAACCUGCGCAACAACAGGGGGACCUACACCAGAGAACAAAAACUCGUAGCGGCCGUUUGGUUCCACGAAAGAAAGUACACGGGAAUGUCUUACACUCAGCUAUGCAUCAAUUUUCAAAAAAGAUUCAAAACCAAAUCGCCAACCACCGACAUUAUGGGAAAAUGGGACCGGAAACUAUUCAAAGACGGGUACUUUUUUAGAGGAGAACCAGCAGCACGCCCCUCUACCUAUUUACCUAGAUUGGUUUAUGUACCGUACGUUAAAGAAUCUUUUCUUAGGUAUCCCGAUUUAUUAGAUACCAACAGGGCUAAUAUGCUCGGCAUAAGUUUGAAAUCUUUAAAAAGUAUUUUAAAACAGGACGUCAGUCCGCAAGAAGUAAAACAAUGGAAGCAACAGGGACGGGAGAAGGCAGCCACUGGUGGUAGUAGUAAUACAACCUCAUCCAUUGAUGUUAAAGACAGUUCGAAGGAGGAUAAUUGUAAAGAAAAUAUACAAAUAGAAGAAGUUGGUGUUGAAGAAGACUUUACAGUGAAAUUCAAUAGUGAUAAAGAUAAUGGAAACUUAGAAUCUCAAUUGGUACAAGAAGAAAUUAUAAUUAAAAGUGAAUGUGAUUAA